AUGCUGGGUGGUCGAAGCACCUCGAUUGGUGGAAGCUCCUCUUCAAUGAAAACUUCAUCAACUGAGGAGACUCACGGAAAUCCCCUUGGAGGCAUUACUAAGCCCGUGGCACGCAGAUUUGACCCUCUCUCAGAGGAUAUUUUUCGAGGAUCGGCAUUUUCCACUGUCCCUUCAAGUCGAGUUGCGAUUCGACCGAAUGAACUUCGUUCAACGGACCCUUCAGAACGAAAUCGGCGAUCGCUGUCUCUUGGUCCUGUUGAUACUUCCUCAAAUGGCGGUCUAGAUGAUGACGAUGGAAUUCUCCCUCUUCCUGAUCCUUCUGAUAAGCUGGCAUCUUACCUCGUUGAGGCGAGCUUUUACACUUUGAAAGACACUCGGAAUUAUAAGUAG